AUGGAGUCCGAUAGAUUGCUCCCCACCAUACUUCUUGCGUUGGCAAAUCACCUAUAUUGCAACCGUCAUGAGCCUCAGGCGGCGCAUACUGCGUUACUCGUGCUGCUCUUGCAGCCGCCAGUUCUCGUCCUCUCUCUAGGCCGCAGAUCCCUAGUCGACUUCGCCUUGGUCAACCUCGUGUUCUUCGCCACAUUGGCGCUCUCGAUUACUGCGUACCGCCUUUCUCCUUGGCAUCCAUUGGCCAAUAUCCCUGGCCCAUAUAUGGCUAAGAUCACCAAGUUGUGGGCAGUCAAAGUAGGAAUGAGUGGAUAUAGACAUCAUGUUCUCAAACAGCUGCAUGAACGUUACGGAGACUGUGUCCGCAUUGGACCCAACGAAAUCUCCGUCAUCAAUGUAGACUCAGUCAAGUCCGUGUUGGGGCCAAGAGGGUUCCAAAAAGGCCAAUUCUACAACAUUUUUUCAGACCCCAACCUUGGCACCACCAAUCUACUUGGUCUGCGGGGCGAUGCUCAUGCAAAUAGGCGACGCAUUUGGAAUCGCGGCAUGAGCACCGAAUCGAUGAAAGGUUUUGAAGUGAUUCUGGCCAAACGCGUGGCGUUUCUUCUGACGAGGCUCGAUGAAUUUGCCAAAAGCGGUCAGAAAGUGGAUAUAGCGGCGUGGUUUACAUAUUUGACCUCCGACUUUAUGGGAGAUAUGGCGUUUGGUGGAGGAUUUGAAAUGAUGCGAGAUGCCGGAGACAAAGAUGGGGUAUAUGCGGCCAACAAGCUAGGCGUCAAACUAUCCACAAUUAUAGCUCAAGUACCGUGGCUAUGGCCAACCAUCAACCUUGUCCCAACCGUUCAGCGAUUCCGGGUCUUCGCGCGACAACGGACUAAGGCUCGGAUGGCUGCGGGUCCGAAGUCACAUAGAGAUCUGUGGUAUCAUUUGAUGGACGAAGACGGUUAUGAAAAGGUCAAACCUACACUAGCUGAAGUAGUCUCUGAUAGCGCAUUGACUAUCGUCGCUGGAUCGGACACCUCUUCUAUGGCACUGAGUAGUUUUGUUUGGUGCAUGAUAAGCAAUCCAGACAUCUAUGCGCGAGCUCAAGCAGAGGUCGACGUUGCCUACCCCGACCUGGACUCCAUCAUCACGCAUUCAAAAAAACACGGCGAGCUCAAGUUCCUCACUGCCUGCCUACAGGAAGUCCUCCGACUUUUCCCGCCUGUUCCUAGUGCAGGGCCCCGAAGAGUCCCAGCUGGCGAUCCCCAAUUGAUUGCUGGUCGCUUUUUCGUGCCGGAACACACCCAAGUCUGCGUACCUGCCUGGGCUAUCCAUCGGAGCGAGAAGAAUUUCUAUCCUUCCCCAGAGGGCUUUGAUCCUGACCGUUGGCUGCGCCCCUCAACCGAGGCAGAAACCCUCAACCAGGCGGCGUUCAUGCCCUUCUCAUUGGGGGCGGCAAAUUGUGCCGCUAAGAAUCUCGCGUGGCGCGAAUUGCUCAUGACGGCGAGCGCGAUACUGAAGCAAUACGACAUGAGCUUCGCUGAACCAGAGGCAGAGCAAUGGGUGCACACAAUCAAAGAUUUCUACCUCACCGACGCUGACGAGUUGAAUAUCAAAAUUUCUUUGCGUUAG